AGAUCAAGUCUUGCAUUUAUGUUAUCUUUUGUCAUAGGGUCAUCCAUUACUGUAUGAAGGAUAUUGUAAUAUCCCCAAAUUUUAGGGACUUAGUUGUGAGAGAUUUUUAUUAAUGGACUUAAUAGUAAAAUGCUCUGAAGUCAAGGGUCGCGUGUCCUGUUUCUCCUCUUCCCCGACCCUCUGCAAGCCGACAAGCCCCAGCUACCGCCACCCCUUUUUCCGGCCGGGAACACCGGUAAAACUUGGAGAAGUCUCCUCCUUUUCUCGUUCUAGGACAUCUACUCAACCCAGAACUUUUCCAGAUCUGCUCUCUUCCCUCUGCCGUGAGUUCCUUGCUGCUGGGUGCGCAUCUCUGGGCUUUUUCUGUUCUUUGUGAAUCCCGCCCCUGCCAUACCGCCAGAUCUGGUUUUGCUUGCUAGAAAUUCCGGUAAGAUGAUAGCUUCCAUAAGCUUGGAUUUUGUCAAUUGAUUGUUGCCUUGAAUAUUUGAAUUCCCUACCUUAAAUUGCCCUGGUGCUGUUCGGAUUUUCUGCUGAAAAAGGGGAGAAUUCCGACAGCAAGUGAGGUGAUUUUUCUUGCUAAAUUCAUGUAGGGAUUUUGCUAAUUAGGUUGUUGUGAUGUUUUGGAGAGAAAAUCCUGUGUGAGUUGUGGUUUGCCAAGCCAUGCUCUCCAUGUGUUGUCCGUGAGUAAAUGGGAGAAUUUGAUGGGGUAUUAUGGGGGUUAAGUGUCAGCUAUUGGGAAAGGAUUAAAUGUGUUGUUUUAGAUGGGUAUUAAUUUUGGGAAAUAUUUUGAUUAGGUACUUGAUUAUUCUGCCCUCUAGCACUUGGGAUUAGGGUGCUGUUGGUGCGAUUGAGGUAAGUAAAUUAUGGUAAAGCCCUUCGAUUUUAAAGCAUGUUUUAAUUGUUUUUGAGAUGGUGGCAAGCUUUAAACUGAUUUUAUCAGUAUCUGAGUAUGAUUAAAUUGAAAUGUAAAUUGUGAUGGUUUUUAUGAGAAUUUCACUGUUUUCUGGAAUUGAACAUAAUUGGAAUGAAAAUGAGAAUUUCAUUGUUUUUCUGGAGUUAUUGCACCGAGCAUGAUUGGUUUGAAAUGAAAUUGUUUUCAUUGGUAUUGAGUACAGCAUGCCUAUUUGGAAUUGACUGAACUGUUUUGAUGAACUGAGAGUUUGCAAAUUCUGAGUUUUCUGAUAAAUCCAUGCCCACAUGGAAUUUUCUGGUUACUUUUGAAAUUCGGGAUUGAUUGUGAAAUUUGUAUUUUUCUGUAAAUUCUGCAUGGUUUUGUCUCGGAUAUGGUCAUGAUUACUGAUUACUGUGCCCGCUAGUGGGAGGUUUAUAAACGCUAGCACAUGU